GCGCUCUUCUCGGCCAGCGGUUCCCAUAACGACGGUGCCACCAAACACCUCUGUUCCACAGACCAUGACGGAGGAAUUGCCGCGCAAUGGCCUCAGCCUGCGGCGCCGAACCAGGGCCGCGCAUAGCGUAGUUUGUCGUACAGGUGGCUCGGUAGGCAAUCGGCCGCAGAACAAACGCGCUCGAGUACUACGACGUGGCCGAGGAUGCCGCAUCGCGGCCGCUCUGAGUUGUUGCCGUCGGCUCUGGUCGCGCUGUGGCUCUCCUCAUUUGCCUGCAUUGCUCAUGCCGCCAAGAAAGACUGUUUGAUAGACAAGGAGAAAGGAUGGUUUGACCCCAGCAAUGUGUACCAAUGCAUGAACUCCGAUUGCUGCACCGAGUACGGCAAGCACUCCUGCUGCGCCAAGAAGGCAAAAUCCGAAAUCAUACAAGAGCAGUUGCUACUCUGGGGCGGCUUACUGGGCUUCCUGCUUCUCCUCGCUGUCAUCAUCUACUGCAAGAGGAAGGACGUGCAGAUCUUCGAGGGCCGCUCUCUGCGCUGCAAGUUCUGCCCCGGACAGAGGGACCGAAUUGAGAACAUUCGAUCGAACGUGGCUUGAGCCGGCGGCAGUAAAGAUGCGACGCGACUGGGAUCUCCCUCCGCCCGCCGCCGAGCACGCGGGCCCUCGGCGGCCGCCUUCGCACGCGAGCGCCUCGUCGGGACCCACGUGUCGAGCGAUGGCGGCUCCUCCGUAGACGUGGCACUUCGUGCCAUUUCACAAGGAAGGAAAAUGAAAAGUUUGCAAAUCCAGAGAUUAGGAAGUGAUCGCGGGUUGCACCAGUAUUUCUUUUUCUUCCAUAUAGCGAGUGAGCAAUUAAGAAAAACUAACUUAGACAUAAAAGUAAAGUAUGUUCCUCUGUUGUAACCACGAUUCUUGUCAGGCAUAUAGGAAAACUGUUCUUAGAUCAUCGGCUGUUGUAAGUUACGUAGUCUUUCUUUCUUUAAAUUAAUGUGAGGAUAAUGGACUUUUCUUUUUUGGAAGGCGACGUUUUCCAGGUGGAUGAAGCGUCGUAAUAUCCAGAAUUACGCAAUUGCGCUUUGUUGAAGUAUACUGAACAGUCACUGCCGAACGGGUCUCUAAAUACUAAAUACGAGCAAAGCCUCUGCGAGGGCCAUUUGGUGCAAAGUCGUUAAAGCUGUUAAACGGAACACUGCCUAAAAUCUUGCUAACUAAAUAAGUCGAGUUUUUCUCCAUCAUAUUAAACGUUUUGGCGACGACAAGGUCAAUAGUGCGAACAGUGCGAGCGACGAGAGAGAAAGUAAGGAAAGAAAAAGAAAGCAUACAGGACGGGUGCUGAUUAUUAUUUAUAUUAGUAGUACUGUCAAGAAAUAGGCGUUGAGUGGCUUACUAUAACCCAGCUUAAUGCGUCAUUAGCGAUGUUAGCCAUGUUGACGGCAAACUAAAUAGCCCAACUUCGCACUUUCGUAGGCCUGUGGUGUCUAACGACUUUUUCAGAGGAAUAGCCCAUUAAUUCCGACAUUUGUGCUUUCAAAGCUGAUGACAACUUCUGACCGCGGCACGUAUAUCUUUUUUCGUGCACAACUUCCUGCCGCUAGCUGGAAAUAGCCGAUAAUCGCAUACGUAAUGGGCUGUUUUAGCGUAGCAGUUUUAUUGCAUUGUUAUCACUGUGUGGUCAUCAUCCUACUCUUCUGGAGGGGGCAGUCGCAGUUGAUCAGCUUUCGCCUCGUUUCCAACAGUCCUGAAAACGCGUUCGCAUCGCUCUUUUUGUGACCCGGUAGUCCUCAACGCCUUGUCUGGGCGCGAAAUCUAAGAUAUUGAUUUCCUUCAAGCUGAGCUCGACACAAGAAGAGCGUCGUACGAGCACGGACGUUUGGAUGCGGAAAAAAAUGAAUUGACAGACGUUCUGACAAUUGUUCCACUUUGAGAAAUACGAUUUUGAUGGCCUCAUGUGCGCGCUGAGAAUACCGACCGGCGUCACUUUGUCAGUGCCGGUGCGUUUACAUUCGAUAAACUAAAUCGAAAACCGCAACGAAAUAUUGGUUGCACUUUGUGCUCCAAGCAAGUUGAAAAGCCUCCAUCGAACGUCAAAAAAAAAAUUUAUUGUAACUGAGUAAAAAAACAAGAACGAAAAAACAAGCACAAUGUCAGGAGCGGCGUAUUGUUAUUGUUUAUUAAAUGCCAUACACUUCGGAAAGUACGCAACAGAAGAUCUGCCUAUUCCGAUAUCAUCGAUAAUAUACCCAGAAGGUCAAGUAAUAUAAGAAAACAGAAAGAAAGAAAGAAAGAAAGAAAGAAAGAAAGAAAGACAUGAACAAAGAAACAAACACAAACCAAGGGAUCUACAAUAAAGGACAAAAGAAAAAAAUGUAAAGCAGUUUAUGCGCAGUCUGUGCACCCGGGCAACACGCACUGCGCAGAGUCGGAGAGCACGAAGCACCGCAGCAGAUGGAAUUAUUAUACGUGGCCCACCACCAUCUGUGCGGGCUCUUGCUUGCUUGUUGUCUGCAAUGUUGAACAGUAACCACAGGUAAACUCGUUCAUGUGCAGUCGCGUUGCAGGAGCUUUGGUAACGGUGGCAAUAAUACCAUUCCGCGAGGUAUAUCUGUUUUCUCUACUAAUCAGAGCGCAUUAACGGCGACUGUGUGAGUGUGGUCCCUGAAUUUUAGUAUGCGUGCCAGCAUGAUAACCGACUCUUCUUUGCAGAAUUUCUUCCAUCAUGGUGGUUUAUAAAGAACUUUUCUUUAAAAGUAACUGUUUUCAUUUGACAGAUGACAGACGCCCAAGUCAAACCACCCGCAAUACCGUUUACCCGCGCGCACCUCGGCCUUACUGCUAGAUCAGGUGGACCAUUCGGGUCCUAAACUACAAAAUUAACUAUCCCUGUACACUUUCAACAUGCAGAAGAUCCCAUGGACAUACUGGCACCUGCUCACCGAACCCUUUUCCUGGCAGAGCACGCCACUGAACCCUUGGAGAAAAGGGGAAAAGCAUCCUAUUGUAACAACAUGGGUCCUAUCGAUACGAUGCUUUACUUUAAUGGCAGGCGGGUUUCGCUAAUUCAUAGAAUUAGAGUUGCACAAAACUUGCGGUCCAAACUCACAUCGUUGCAAGAUGCAUUGAAGCAUUCGCUGCCGCAAUCUGACUACGCAGAACAUCCGACGACAAAAUUGCAGGCCUUCUUUGCGCAAGCAGCAAUAGCCCCUGCAGUAGGCUUUGUCAAGCAUGCCGCAUUUCUGGACAAAGCUUUGGAUCAUUCAGCACAACCAUAGAAACUUUAGAGUGACACGCAGAUAUUUUCUUUUUAGCUCACUUUCCUUUUGUACUUUCAUCGUUCCGCCCCCAAAUCUUGUUCGUUUUCUUUGCCGUCGCUCUUUAAGAGAGCACCACUGGGGCAGCCCGCAAAUAUUUCUGAAGGCUUCAAAAUGUAACCGCGAGGAGUCUGGAGAGCAUUUUGUUUUCUUAAAAAAAAUUAAAGGAACAAAGGAACAAAGAAACCUCUGAUAGGACGCGGCAGCUUGACUCGUCUCGCUGUUACUUUAAGGCGAUUGUUUCCAAAUAAUAAUGACGUCCAGCAAAUAAAUAAAUAAAUAAAUAAAUAAAUAAAUAAAUAAAUAAAUAA